AUGAAGGACAACCUCAGCAACGCUAACUUUCCGCAAGACGUCCAAGGGCGAACCUACCACGUAGCCACCAAGGCUGGACAGGUCGCAAAUCGCAUUAUCACCGUCGGCGACCAAGUCCGGGCUCACCGCAUCGCCAAAGCCUUUGACGGCGGCAAGCCUCUCUUCGAGUUCAACUCGCAGCGAAACUUCCUCACCCUCACCGGCACCUACAAGGGCGUCCCCAUCUCCAUCCUUGCUAUCGGCAUGGGCUUCUCUGUAGUCGACUUCUUCGUCCGAGAGUGCCGAGCGGUCGUUCAAGGAGACAUGAUUAUUGUUCGUCUCGGCUCCUGUGGCUCGAUGCAGCCCGAAUACGGCAUCGGAACCGUCGUCGUGCCGAAAGCUUCUUUCGGUAUCUCUCGCAACUACGACUACUUCCACCACGACAUAACCUCGGACGAGCGCAGGUCAGGAGCUCUCGAGCCUUAUCUUAUCACAAAGCCCCUCGACGCAGAUCAUGAGGUCCACGAUGCCCUUCUGGCAGCACUCGAGUCAGAUAAGCCAAAGAAGAGUCCGGAACUUUUCGGCGGCCAAGAGGCCAAAGCAGUCGGUAACACAGUCAACGCUUCCGCGGACAGCUUCUAUAGCAGUCAAGGUCGAAUCGACCCCGCCUUCGUCGAUGCCAACGCUAAUCUGAUGGACGUGAUCAGGGAGAGGAGGCCAGGUGCAGCAACACUCGAGAUGGAGACCUUCUUGCUGAAUCACCUUGCUGCAGCUGCUAACGACGCUAUCGACCUGGCUAAGCAGAGCGGUCAAGAGCCUGUACACAAGGGAAACAUCCGUACCGGUGCCGUUCAGAUGAUGUGA